AUGUAUAGAACUCACUGGACCCUGCUAUUAGCAGUUGCGGCACUCGUCGUGUCCAAGGCCUGGGCCAUGGAAAUGGAUAUGGACGAAGAGCUACCGGAGUUUCACCCCGUCAACGCCGGCUCCAAAUCGUUCCACUGGAUAAUGACUCUCUUCAUCUUGCUCAUUGUGCCAUCGAUAAGCGCGUCGUUAGCAAUGGCCAAUAGACUCAAUUGGUCUUUGUUGUUGCAAUACAUCGCCACCGCGUACUCGGUGGUUGAAUCCAUGUUUUUGCCAUUUCCCGAUAAUGUAGAUAAUCACGAAAACCGAACUUCAAAAGGCACUAGUUGGUUCUUGAGUAUAUUGUUGGGGGUGACCAUUUUCGUGGGAACUCUAUCAAAUGGAAGUAAUUUGGUGAUUAACAGAUUUUACCCUCACUUGUCUAAACAUUAUAAUGAAUAUGGACUACACUAUAAAAUAUACAAGGCAUUAUCAUUGGCGUGUGUUUUGACUGGUUGGGUCAGAGUUUGCAUGGCGCCAAUUGCACUUUUUGGCUUUUGCUAUGGAAGACACACUGGCCAAUGCAUAGCUCACGGGAUAAUGGGUUCAGCAUUUAUACUUUAUUCAUUUAUAUUGGCGAUGGUUCUUGUUGUUCCCUGGAUUAGAAAACAUCAAUUGGAGAAACACACGGACGCUCGCAAACUCACAUCGCAAGAGUUUUACGAUUCAACGGUGAUGAUGCUUUGGGGCAUUGUCAAUACAUUUACCGAGCACAGAUGGGGCAAAGAAGGGUGGAAUAUGGGCGAUUACCAACACACGGCAAUGGGGAUCAUUUGGUGGGGCGGCGGCUUGUUGGGAAUGUUUCUUUCCAGAGGCAAUAGAAGAUCAUUCAUUCCCGCGUUGUUGUUGAUAUUCACUGGUUGGUCCAUGUCUCAGCAUUUCCAGCACCUGGAAAUUUCAACUAGAGUCCAUGCUGUCUUUGGCAUUGCCUUGAUGAGUGCGGGAAUCACGAGAAUUGUCGAGAUUGCAUUUGUAUUGAAAGACAAAUCAUGCAAUGCGCCGCUGGGUAAAAUCUUGUCCUUCCAGUAUUUGCCUCCAUUUUGUCUCACCUUGUCCGGGAUUUCAUUCAUGGGCGCAACUGAAGAACAGUUGCAAUUGGUGCAUGAUUUGGGAAGCGACCAUUCUGCUUAUAUCUUGGUGAUUGGUGCUGCGGCGUUUUUGAUCUAUCUUUGGUUGCUAUUGCUCAUCUGGUUCUACUUGAAACUAGUUGGAUACGAUGAAGAUGGAGAAAUCUACAUCAAGCCCUACACCGGAUUACCAACGGAUGAUUUUGAAUUGGGCGAAUUUAGCGCAGACGAAGCGGAUCUUGAUGAAGGCGACGUUGAAGCUGAAGUUGACACCCCCGAGGGCACUGUUAGGCUGUAA